UGCUGAGGCCGGGUAGAAGACGAAGACGCUUCUCCUUACAGAAUCGAAGACGCUGUUCUUUGAUUAGUUACCUUAAUCUUCCGCUACGUCAGUUGGUAUCAGAGCAGGCUUUUAUCCUGAUCAUGGCCAAUCAGCGCAACGGUGACGAACUUCUCCAACAACGCUGUUUGUAGGGGAGGGGCUCUUUUAAGAGCCAAACUCAUGGGGUAUCCGAGCCGGCAUUAUCCGGAUUCGAUGGCCAACUUAUACUACAGUAAUAACUUCUAUAACGAUAUUGUUCGUGACAGGGAGGCUCUUUGGAGAGCCGAUUUCCAAAAGUUCCAGUAGGCGAUGCGACAAGAGAUGCGCCAGAUGUGGGAGAUGAUAGAGCGCAUGCACAUAAGUCCUAAUCGUAAUCACAUGUACAAUGAUACCCAUGUUGACUAUGGGAUCCGAGUGAGGCCUACUCGUCUCCAACGACUUGCACCCAUAAACCAACCACCGGUCUAUGAAGAUCUUAGUGAUGAUGAUGUUCAACCUGUUUCUAACCAUAUUUCUGAAUCUCCGAAUAGGAAACCCAUAUAUGAAGAGAAUGUUAGUUACAGUGAAAAAGUGGAGUUGCCGUCAGACAAACAAUAUGUGCAACAACAACCAUUGGUCCCAGCUACUGUACCAGUGGAAGAAUAUCCACCACAAGCGCAGCUCAUCAAGAUCACCACAGAAAUAAAUAACAAUGGUGAUUCCUUUGAAGACAAUAAAGUUGAAGGUAACAUUAGGAAAAAAAUAUUAGGAGAAAUUUUAUUGGAAGGAGACGAAAAGGAAAAGUCGUGUCUUAGCACUAUCUACAUAGAUUUCUCCAAGUAUCUUUCUUCGGAAGAGCCGCAUGCUAUCUACAUAGAUUUCUCCAAGUAUCUUUCUCCGGAAGAGCCUCGUGUGACUUAUCGCAAAGAAAACUCGAGGACGAGUUUUUUUCAAGUGGGGGUGUCUGAUGUAGGACGGAAUUUAUUAAUAUUUUCGAUGAAAACGAAAAUAGAAAAAAUGUCCAAAAUAAUACUGAAGCAGCACCAUUUGAUUAGAAGCUUACCUAUUCGCAGACAAUGGAAGUACAAAAGAAAAGACUUGAUCGUCAAGCCAAGACUUUAUGUUUUUCUCAUUAGGACUAGAUUUGCUUUAUGUAUUUCUUUUCCUUUUAGAAUAAGUUUUACUUUUACUACUAGAAUAAGGUUUACUAUUGGUAUUAGGAAAGGUUUACUUUUACUACUAGGGAUAGGUUUACUUUUUCUACAAGUAUUUCUCUUCUAUAAAUAGGCUUGCUUAUUAUGUAAAACUCAGAAUCAAUUGAAUUAUUAUAAAAUCAGAGAAUUCUCUCUCAAAUACUCUGCGGAGUUUUAUCUUUAUUUUAGUCUGCGGGCUUGUUUUAUCUUUUGGGGUAGAAGACGAAGAUGCUUCUCCUUGCAGAAUCGAAGACGCUGUUCUUUGAUUAGUUACCUUAGUCUUCCGCUACGUCAUAUACAGUUAUCACUGAUUCAUGAUGAGCAAACUUGAGCUACGAGAAGAGAAGAUAAACAGGUGAAGAAAAGCAAAGAGAUCAGUACAAACAACGUCAAAUGCAACAAACAGAUAAAAGUAGAGAUCGAAUCGUUGAUUCAGCAUCUCUCAACACUUCCAUCUUAUAUAAUGAGCACAAAUUGGGAUAUGAACCCCCCAACAUCAAAAGUAAAAAUGUUAUGAAAAUGACAUCGUAGUGAUGAAGAUGAUAAGAGAAACUUAAAAUAUGACUUAUGGCAAUAGCACUGUGACAGACAAAAAAGAAAUGAUACACCAAUUGUUGAAGUAAACUUCCUGACAGCAUAUCCUUCAGGCCAAAUGAAUCUCUCAUCCUGCAAAUACUCUUGAGUCCUUGGCGAUCUUUCCUGCAAGAACAUUUCAUACACCCAUGAGCAGAAUUCAAAUACGCCAAUCAACCAAAGAAUUCAAAUACUCUUCUCUAAAUGCAGCUCGGGCAUUUAUAAUAAAAAUAUCAGAUCCCAGAGGAGUGAUAUAGUAAUCCAAACAAGUAUGGUGUUUCUUGUCUGAAGAUGUCAAAGCGAAAAAGUAAAAGAAUGAUGAUGGUGCCAUGUCCCCAGUUCAACUUCCGAAUCUUAGUUCUCAAUAAUAACACUUAAGUCACAAAUACGAUGUGAAAUUGGAGAAAUACAUGAGAUGAGCAUUUUUUUUUUUUUGUUUUUGAUAAGUAUGAGACAAGCAUUUUUGUACAAUGUCUUAACUUUUAGAACCCAGAUAAUGAUCAAAAUUUAGCAAUUUGCAAAAGUAGCAAACUUCAUGCUCAAAGGGAUUUUAUCAAACACAUAGCAGAGAUUACAUAUGAAUGUACAAAACGGAGAUAAAUUUAAACGCCAGCAAAAUCAAAGGAAAUGCGUCUUACAGAGAAAAUCCCUUUCUCACCAAAGGAAUGAGCCUCACAAACCCAAACGUAACAGAGAUUCUAUUCUAUUCAGCCCCUACAUUCUUUUCCCCCAAACUCAAAUUGCUUUCUGGAGAGGCAGUAGAGCAGAGCAGAAUUGCAUUUUCUUUCGUAGAUUUGCGACAUGUGUGUUUUAAUCAAGCUCCCUUUUGGAUAUGAUAAAGAGUUCUGAGUUUUUUGGGAUGAAAAUUAUUUGUUAAUAUUGUUUUUUUUUUUACUUCAAAGUUAAGUUAGAUACAUUCCUUUAGAUAUCCUAUUACGCAAAACAACCAAUAAUCUCUGUGGUUCGAUCACCCUUACUAUAGUACAAUCGAUACGUAUUAUUGCGAGUAGUAAACUUAUAAAUUUAAAAUCCACGUAACCGGUUAGUCCGCUACAAGUCUCCUACCUGAAGAGGUCUUCAAUGGAAUCCUUUACCUUAGGGCCGACCCCUAAGAUAGAUUUCAGUUUAAGCGCAGCAACAACACACACAACAACGGCUUCAAAGAGAACAAAUCAGCUCAAUAACCUCACAAAAUAACUCUCUAAGCUCUAGUGGAAUUCAAUACCGAAUUCUUACAGUUCUCAAGCACAGGGGCCUCUAUUUAUAGGCUGAGGGCUCAAAUGAGCAUCUGGCUUGAUAAAGCUGGGCGCCGUCCAGACGGUGGACACAGGGCGUCCGGACGGACAAUUGUGCGACCAAAAUUUCGAGAUUUUCGCUGAAAAUCUUUCCUGUUUGAUAGCCGCGUCCGAACGGUGAAGCACUGUCGUCCGGACUGUCGCACAUCCGCUGUAAGUAAUUUCCUUAUAAAGGCUUAGCGCGUUCGGACCAGGAGGAUUGCCGUCCGAACGGUUGAGUUUGAAUUGCGAACUUGCCUUAAGCAGUAGCACGUCCGGACGGGAAUCCACGUCGUCCGGACGGUUGUAGCAAUCUUCCCAUAUUUGCUUUUGGAAAGAAAAUCUGAAGCUUGGUUGAACACUGAGAAUCGUCCGGACGGGCUGCUGAAACGUCCGGACGGAUGCAAGCUGGAGCAGUUCGAAGCUUCUCGACACAGAGGAAGGUCCGGACGGAAAUCCACGUCGUCCAGAUGGAUGAUGCUUUAGUCUGAUGUGCGUCCGGAUGGUAUGACACGUCGUCUGGAUGGCUAAUGCAUUGGACAACUGGGCGUCCGGACGGGAUGACACGUCGUCCGGACGGAUUGCAGGGAACCAAAUUUUCUGUCUUGCAAACUGAGCAGAAUCUUCUGGAACACUUCUGAAUAGCGGAAUCUCUGAUAAAAAGCAUCUUUACAUAUAAGUGAUUUUGUCCAACAGAAUGUGGCCAAUUAUAAACUAACAUGCACCUUUUGAAAUC